CAGCAAUGAACUGAUAACAUAAUGAAAGUUGGAGCUUUCAAAUUUUUAGCAUAUGGUAUGUUACAAAAAUUAAAGUAUAAAAGAAACCUAAAUAAUAACACACUUUUACUCUUUGUCAUUAGAUUUCAGUUAGUAAAAGUAAACCAAAAAUAUGGCUACUAGAAGCCUUACUGACAUAUUUGUUUUAAUGCGAACGAAUUCUAUACAAAGUCGAGGAAUUUAUUCAUUCAAAAGUUCUAAACAUAAUGAAUAUGAUUCGGAAAAUGAAGAUGAUGUCGAUGAUAAAGUAGCGUUAAUGGAAACUGGAAGUUCUAAAUGGAAUAAAACAAACUCUUCAGAAUUACGUUCUCAACAAAAAUCACCACCUAGUUGGGCAGGCUCACUUGAAGAAGCACAAUAUUCCAUUACCAGGUUACAGAACAAAUUAAAAGAAGUGCAAUCGUUACAAGAUGCUCAAGUAUUAAGGCCUACCCUUGAUGAUUCUAGUUUACAAGAAAAACAUAUUCAGGAUCUCACAUUAGAUAUUACAAGGAUAUUUGGUUCGACUAAAAAAAUAAUUCAACAAAUUCGAUUACAUUCUAAUGGACUGUCCGGCAACAAAGAAUCCCAGUUAUCCUUCAAUGUAUCGUCGGCAUUAGUAUCAUCACUUCAGAUUUUAUUCAACGAAUUUCGAAAUUCACAACAAAAUUAUCUUAACAAAAUAAAACGACGAGAAGCUAUGUCGUCUCAAAUGUUUUUUGAAACUGAAGAUAAUACCAACAGUUCUGACUUAUUAGACAUGUUUGAUACUGGCUCAACGAACUCAUAUGGCCAACAAUUACAAAUGCAACAGUCAAAUCAAACGCAAACAUUUGCUGCUAUAUUAAUAGAAGAAGAAAAUGCUAAAAUAGCUGCUCAGUGGGAAAAAGAAGCCAAUCAAAUCACUAGUUCUGUGGUUGAAUUAAAUAACAUAUUUAAAGACCUUGCACACAUGGUUGUACAACAAGGCACAGUACUGGAUAGAAUAGAUUACAAUAUUGAGCAAACUGAAAUGAGGGUGAGAAAAGGUGCGUCUGAACUGAUUAAGGCUGAAAAGUAUCAUAGAAGUAAUAGAAAAAUGAAGUGUAUCUUAAUACUGGCUCCUAUUACUAUUGUAUUAUUAAUUCUACUUGAUAUAACUAAAUUUUAAAAUGUCUAGUAAUUUUCAAACAUUCCUAUUUCAAAAAUAUAAUAAUUCUGUGAAUUAAUUAAAUGUUAGUAUUUGUUGUAUAUACCAAAUACAAUUGAAGGGCACACAGGAAGAAGGGUAGUAGUCCAUUUUUUUCAAUUUCUAGUUAAUGACACCAAUCAAUGGUACAUUGGGGCUACUAGUAAAAGUCGAAAUCCGUUUAGUGAAAUAUAGUUUAUAGUGGGGCCAACUUAGCACUUUAAAAAUUGGUUGACAUAUAGAUUUGUGUGCGCAAACUAACUUUGUUUUUGCUCUCCUAAAAAGUUAUGAUAAUUGGACUACAUUUCUUUCCCUGUGUCCUUCAAUUUUAAAAGCUUCAAUACUUUCAGAAACUAUUUUGUUUUAUUUAAAAAAAAAAUGUCUACUCUAUUUAUCUUUAAAUAUAAUUAAUGUACUUUUUAUGUAAUUGAUACUUUUUACAAACUUUAUACUUUUUCAUUAUGCUUUAUGUACUAAUUUAUGAUUAUAUUAGUUUUAAUGAAUAUGAAAUAUAUUUUUUUUUGAUAAAUAUUUCAUAUAACAUAAUAAUUAAAUUACAAGUACAGCACAAUUAAAAGUAAUUGUUUAAACAAAUUCAUAAUAACUAUGGGAAAAUAGUAAACGUAGUGUUAGUAAGCAACUCUUCUUUAAGUGUUAAUCUAUAAUCUAGAGUUUAUUUAUAUAAUAGACAUUUGCAGAACAUCUGAUUUCAUUUAUACAAAUAGUACAAAUAUUAUAUUGUUAUAGCUCUUGUCUCCAAUAAUGUUCUUUUUAUAAACUAUUUAUAUGCAUUUAAUUGACGUAAAAUAUAAUAUAUUAUAUUAAUUUAUUGGCUGUAUCAAACAAACAUAAAAUAAUUUAUAAC